AUGUCCUCCGCCAACACCCAGAAUCCGGCCCAGCUCCCCUGGGACCCCAACUGCUCGCGCUUCCCAGUGAGGAAGGACCUUCCUCGUCUCCCUGAUGCGCCAGAGGGUGCGGCGUGGGUGUGGGGGGAAGAUGAUCAGAAUGGGCGGCUGAAUCUCCUCACGCCGCAGCGUGUCAAGGAGUCUGCGGCGGAGAUCUUGACGGGGGAGAUGGUGAGACUUGAUCUCCCACUCACUGUCCCCGAGAAGCCCGCGUUCGGCCGCGAGACGUUCCAGCAUAAUAUCAAGACGAUUGUGCCGGACGUUGCAUACGACGAUAUCUACUCGAUGAACACGCAAAGCGGCACGCAGUGGGAUGGGUUCAGACAUGACUACACUAACCCUAAUAUCAACGGUGACUAUCAGUUCUCACACAUCCCCACCAAGACAUUCUACAACAGGACAAAAAGCAGUGACAUAGUCGGUCCCACAAGCAACGACCGCUGCAGCAUCCACCACUGGGCUCUCCACGGGAUCGCCGGCCGCGGCAUCCUCCUCGACUACUGGGGGUACGCAAACGCAAACAACAAGGUCUACGACCCGUACAGCUCACACGCCAUAUCUCUGCCCGAACUCCGCGCCUGCGCAAGCUGGCAGGGCCUCGACCUGCGGCCCUCCAGCGAAGGCGGGUCCAUCCGCGUAGGCGACAUCUUGCUCGUGCGGUCUGGGUUCGUGGCGCGGUAUGGCCAGCUCAGUCCGGUAGAGAGGUACGCGGCCUCGACGCGCGCACACGACAAUCUGUGCUUUGCGGGCGUGGCGCGCGGAGAGGAGAUGAAGGAUUUCCUGCACGAUUCGUACUUUGCGGCUGUUGCUGGGGACUCGCCUACUUUCGAGAUGUGGCCUGUGAAAGAGGGGGGAGGAUUAUUUGCAUCAGAAUCUGCUGGCGCUGUGGGGGUGAAGAGGGGGAAGUGGACUUUCUUCUUGACGAGUGCGCCUGCUAAUAUGCCCGGUGGUGUGGGGUCGCAUGCUAAUGCUACUGCUAUCCUUUAG